UUUCCUUGCACUGGCCCAGCUGGGCAGCUUUUUCAUCCGGACUCUUUGGAAAGUCCCCGCCGCGUUCACCCCGGGCGGAUUUGGGGGAGCCAGGGUGCCCCUAGAUCGCGGGGAGCCACAAAAUGACAGCGGAGCAGCGGCAAAAUCUGCUAGCAUUCAGAGACUAUAUCAAGAAGAUUCUGGACCCCACCUACAUCCUCAGCUACCUGAGUUCCUGGCUCCAGGACGAUGAGGUGCAGUGCAUUCAGGCUGAGAAGAACAACAAGGGCCCGAUGGAGGCCGCCUCACUGUUCCUCCGGUACCUGUUGGAGCUGCAGACAGAAGGCUGGUUCCGGGCCUUUUUGGAUGCCCUGUACCAUGCAGGUUACUGUGGACUUUGUGAAGCCAUUGAAAGUUGGGACUUUCAAAAAAUUGAAAAGUUAGAGGAACACAGAUUGCUUUUAAGACGUUUAGAGCCAGAAUUUAAGGCCACGGUUAGCCCAACAGAUAUCCUUUCUGACAUAGCCGAAUGUUUGAUUAAACAGGAAUGUGAAGAAAUCGCACAGGUAAACCAAUGCCAGAUCUGUUUCACUAAAGGGAGGAUGGCGGGCGCAGAGAAGAUGGUCGAAUGUCUUACCAGAUCCGAUAAGGAGAACUGGCCGAAGGUCUUGCAACUUGCUUUGGAGAAAGACAACAGCAGGUUUAGUGAGCUGUGGAUUGUUGAUAAAGGUUUCAAAGGGGUUGAACGUAAGGCUGUUGAGGAUGAUGGAACGGAGACGUCCAGCAUCCAGAUUUUCAUUCAGGAAGAGCCAGAAUGUCCAAAUCUCAGUCAGAAUCCUGGGCCUCCUUCAGAAGCAUCUUCUAAUAAUUUGCACAGCCCAUUGAAACCAAGAAAUUACCAACUGGAGCUUGCCUUUCCUGCCAAGAACGGGAAAAAUACAAUAAUAUGUGCUCCUACUGGUUGUGGAAAAACCUUUGUGUCACUUCUCAUAUGUGAACAUCAUCUUAAAAACUUCCCAUGUGGACAAAAGGCAAAAGUGGUUUUCUUUGCUAACCAAAUUCCUGUCUAUGAACAGCAGGCAACUGUGUUCUCGAGAUAUUUCGAAAGAUUUGGGUACAGCAUUGCGAGCGUUUCCGGGGCAACAUCUGAUAACGUCUCAGUGCAGCACAUCAUUGAGAACAAUGACAUCAUCAUCCUGACACCCCAGAUUCUUGUGAACAAUCUCAACAAUGGAGCCAUCCCCUCGCUGUCUGUCUUCACUCUGAUGAUAUUUGAUGAGUGUCAUAACACCAGCAAAAACCACCCGUACAAUCAGAUCAUGUUCAGAUACCUAGACCACAAACUCGGAAAGUUGCCGGAUCCACUGCCUCAGGUCAUUGGGCUGACUGCCUCCGUCGGCGUUGGAGAUGCCAAAACCGUGGAGGAAGCCAUGCAGCACAUCUGCAGACUCUCCGCUGCCCUUGAUGCCUCAGUGAUCUCCACAGUCAGAAGGAACGUGGAAGAACUGGAGCAGGUUGUUUAUAAGCCCCAGAAAAUUUCCAGGAAAGUGAAAUCAAGAACUUCGAACACAUUUAAAUGCAUUGUAUCCCAGCUGAUGAAGGAGACAGAGACGCUGGCAAAGAAUGUCUCUAAGGAACUUGGAAAGUUAUUUCAAAUUCAGAAUAGAGAAUUUGGCACCCAGAAAUAUGAACAGUGGAUUGUCGCCGUCCACAAAGCGUGCACAGUGUUUCAGAUGCCGGACAAGGAGGAAGAGAGCAGGGUCUGCAGAGCGCUCUUCCUGUAUACUUCACACUUGCGGAAAUACAACGACGCCCUCAUCAUCAGCGAGGACGCGCAGAUGAAAGACGCUCUCAAUUACCUCAAAGCCUUCUUCCACGAAGUGCGCGAAGCGGCGUUCGACGAGACUGAGCAGGAUCUUACGCGGAGGUUUGAAGAAAAACUGGAGGAACUAGAAAAAGUUUCCAGGGAUCCCAGCAACGAGAAUCCUAAACUAAGAGACCUCUACUUGAUCUUACAAGAAGAGUACCACUUAAAGCCAGAGACCAAGACCAUUCUCUUCGUUAAGACCAGAGCACUUGUGGAUGCUCUGAAGAAAUGGAUUGAAGAAAAUCCUGCACUGAGCUUUCUAAAGCCCGGCAUAUUGACUGGACGUGGCAAAACAAGCCAGGCAACAGGAAUGACACUCCCGGCACAGAAGUGUGUGCUGGAGGCAUUUAGAGCCAGCAGAGAUAACAAUAUUCUGAUUGCCACCUCCGUCGCUGACGAGGGCAUCGACAUUGCCGAGUGCAAUCUCGUCAUCCUGUAUGAAUACGUGGGCAACGUCAUAAAGAUGAUCCAAACCAGAGGCAGAGGCAGAGCACGAGAUAGCAAGUGCUUCCUCCUGACCAGCAGUGCUGAUGUAAUUGAAAAAGAAAAGGCAAACAUGGUCAAGGAAAAAAUAAUGAAUGAAUCCAUUUUAAGACUGCAGACAUGGGAUGAAAUGAAAUUUGAAAAGAUGGUUCGCCGCAUACAGUUGGAUGAAAAAUUCCUCAGAGACAGUCAGCACAAACCACAACCUGUCCCCGACAAAGAAAACAAGAAACUGCUGUGCGGCAAGUGCAAGACUUUUGCAUGCUACACUGCUGACAUUCGAGUGGUUGAGAAAUCCCACUACACUGUGCUUGGAAAUGCUUUUAAGGAGCGCUUUGUUUGUAAGCCACACCCUAAACCAAAGAUCUUUGACAGUUUUGAGAAGAAAGCAAAAAUAUUCUGUGCCAAACAGAACUGCAGCCAUGACUGGGGAAUCUUUGUGAGAUACAAGACGUUUGAGAUCCCAGUCAUAAAAAUUGAAAGUUUCGUCGUGGAAGAUAUUGUGAGCGGAGUUCAGAGCCGGCACUCAAAGUGGAAGGACUUCCAUUUUCAAAGGCUACAGUUCGAUCCUGCAGAAAUGUCCACGUGACCCCGGGCUCCUCAGUCUCACGCCACAGGGAUCGAUGCUUUAAAUGUGGAAGCCGUGAGCCAGUGCUUUCUUACCCAAGCUUACAUGGUCCUUUCUUACGCAAGCCUGCACUGUGAUGAAAGCCAGAUAACCCAACCUGUUUGUUCUAAGUCGUUUCUGUCCACACAAAGCACACCGGCAUGAACCAUAGCACCGAAUACUUUGUUCACCAAUAACUCAGCACUUGGCGGUGGUGGGGAGGGGUUGAAAUUUUCCCUUUUACACUUUUUCAGAUCUGCCCACCAGGGAACGCGCAGCCACUCAGUACACGGAGAGGCGUGAUGGCUGGCGAGCUGGAAGGGUUCCCACACUGCCCUCUGGGCUCCACCUGCUCUAAGCUGGCUUUUGCCUGUAACAACCCAGUGACUUAGUUCUUUUCCAGGCCACCAGGCUGCCAGAUCUGCCGCACUCCUGUCCCUUUCAGGAUCUGGCCCUGCCACUGUCACCGUCUGCAGAUUCUCUGGUUUCUGUCUCUUUCCAGUCUUUUCCAUUGGUCUGUUUGCUGACUCAAAUUUGGUGAUUGCAAGGUUCAAUAUGCACACACAUAUGUAUUAAAAUGACAUAUACUUUUAAAAUGUAAAAGGCUAUAGUUGACAGCUAUGCUUACUGAGAAGGUAUUUCUGUUCUGUUCAUUUACUAUAUAUCUUACUCUAAUCUGUUCUUUUGAUUUGGACCAUUUCCCUUCCUUGAAUAGAUAUCUCAAACCAUCUCUCUCUCUGUCUAUCUGUAUGUUUGUCCCCCACCAGUUUGAGAUAGGAUCUCUCCAUAGAUCAGAAACUCGAUACGUAGACCAUGCCGGCCUUGAACUCACAGAUCCCCCAGCCUCUCAAGUGCUGAAAUUAAAAUCUUUUCUCCAUGCUUGGUUCUAACUAUUUUCAAUAAAGGUUGAUGUUUAACAUUUGAA